AUGGUCAGAGACAGUCUGGACAGAACAUCUGAUCAGAACCAGAAACAGGAGCCGGCAGCUGAGACACAGAGCCAGGGUCAGAACUCGGAGGAGUCCGAUCUGCCUCAACAAACAGCAAAAGCGGUUCAUGCUGGAGACGAGGACCCUGCGGGAUCAAAGCUAGAUUUUCUGCUCUGGUGCAAGCUCAGAUUUGAGGAGGAGCCUGAAUCCUGGAGCCUGCCAGAGACUGAAGCCGACCCUGAGAGCUUGCCCACACACCUCCGUCCAUUCACCAGCUCGGCAGAAUAUCAGCUGGUAAGACUCACCUUUCUGCAGCUGCAGCAGAGCGGUUACUACUGGGGGCCGAUGACCAUGGAGGAGGCACACCAAAGGCUGGGCAACGCAUCUCUGGGAACCUUCCUCAUUAGGGACAGUGGCCAGCCGGAUGUUUUCUUCACUCUGAGCUACCAAAGCGAGGAUGGCCCCACCAGCGUCCGCAUCCAUCUGAACAACCUGCUCUUCAGUCUACACGGCAGCCAAAAGACUUUCGCGUCGCUCUUCGCUCUGCUCACCUAUUACACCAGCUCGCCCUGCAAGCUGACGAAGCCUUACCGCAAGCAGCGGCCCGAGCGCCUAAAGCAGAUGUGCAGGAGGGCUCUCGUACGAACGCACGGUGUCGAAAAUAUACAAACCUUACACGGACUCAGCCCUGAUGUUAAAGCAUAUGUCUAUGCAUAUCCAUACUGUACAUAGAAAACCCUGUGGAUAUAUUGCCUUUUGCUGGACUUACAUGUUUUUUUAUUAAGUUAAAAAUUGUGCUUUUACAAAAGAAAUGCUGGAAACAUUUUGGUACAACAUUUAAAUACCACAUAGACUGAAUAUAUUUUAUGGAGAUAUACUUUCUUUUGUAGGUUUAUGGAGCACAGAUUUAGAGUUAAUAAGAUUAUUUUUGGUACUAAAAUUCAAGUUGAAAGGAAGCAAGACAAAGCUAAAUUAUUUCUGACCCUUAUUCAAUUUUAAUUUGAUAAACACGCUGAGAAAUGCAGUCGCCAUCAUUCAGUUUGCCUGUGGCUACUUCUAAAGUAAAGUUUAGCUGUUCCUGACCCUUGUGCAAAAAUUGGUUGAAAAGACCGAGGAUUUACGUCCAAACAACAUCUACAUUUGGUUAAAAAGUGAAAGUUGAAUAUCCAUAAUUUGCAGUUUAUUGAAAAGACGUUGAAAACUGGGUUUGCGACAUCUUUUCAGAGUCUACUAUUGGACUAAAGUGGGACAAAAUCAGACCGACCACAAACAGCCUAAUUUCCAACCACUGUUUCUGGAAUAAUUUAAGACAAUGAUGCACCGACCUGAUUAAGCCUAAAGAAUUCCCUCUGGUCUGCUGAGAGCUCCAAAGCAUCAGAUGAAUUUCUGUGCCGAAACUUAUCAGUCAGGGGCAAGGGACGUAACAAUUUCCAACUUUUUAGAUGCAUGACAUUGAACGCAAUGGAGUGUUAAUUAUCGAGAACAGGAAAAAGUGAAGAAAAGUAACACAGAGAACUAGAUAUCCUUUCAGAAUAUAUAAACAGAAGGAAUAAACACUGGAUCGGAGGGCUGCUAAGAAGCUAACAGUAACAUUAAUAACAUGUCAUCGUUUCUGGCAUGUACUGGGGGUGGUGUAAGUAGAUGUUAAAAAUGGUAGUAAGCAGAUACCUAGGCUUCCAAUUACUCACCCCCCCAAAAAACAAAACCCAAAUCCAGAAAACAUCUGUGGAAGCCUAUUUAAAGUCGCAACUAGGCUUCUGGGAAGCAUGGUGGGGGCAGCACCAUCAUUUGGGAUUCAUCUUAUUCAGCUGUAGCCUUGUUUUUAAGGUGACAAGAACUUAAAUUCCAAAUACCAUUUGGUGAAAAAAAAAUUAAAUUUGACUUCAGGAUACAAUUAAAACUGAUUUUUUUUUUUUGUCAUUCUACAGAUGAAAUUAAAAUACCUCAAACAUAAAUAAGAAUAUUGUCUCUCAACAUGAUAGUGACACAAAGCAUAAACCCAAACUAACAUAGCUUCAGAGAACGACCAGAAAUCUGAGGGCAUGGUCAAGAGAGGCCCUUAAAAUCCAUCAAAUUUGGGACAUUUUUGCAAGGCGUAGUGAGAAAUGAUCAUCAAGCCAAGAUGUGUCACGCUGAUGUGUCAACACAAUAGGAAACAGAAACUAUAGUAUCAUUAGGAAGUCGCUCCCAUUUAUGCAACAAUAUUAUUUUAGAUUUUUUAAAAGCUUCACGUUUUGCCCUUUAAUGAUUUUGGUUUAAUUAUUACAGUAGAAUUUUAAAGCUUUUAGUUUAGAUUUAGGAUGGAAAAGGUUCUAAAAGCAAGUGCAAUAGCUUUUAUCUAACAUUACACAACCAGAUAUAGUAACAAGUGGUGUUAAAAAUUAGAGCUACUUUACACAGAAUAACAUUUAUGAUGUUUUUAGGCAAGGUGUUGCAGCACUGUAUGGUAAAAAGUUUCUUAGAAAUAAAUGAUAAAAAGUAAAAAAUCAAACGAUUACAUUGGGAAAAAGCUAAUUUUAAGAUUUAAAGGAGUUUUUGAUUGUUUUAGGGUUCAGGGGUGUUCUUGUAAACU